AUGUCCUCGACCGUCACCGUAACCCUAUCCGACAAACCUCUCAGCUACGACAUUAACCUCCCCUACACCUCAGUCUCCCAGGAGGAGCAGACCAGGAUCGAGGCGGGCACGCCGUACCCCAAGUACCUCCCCACUUUCGACAAAGUCUGGUUCGACCCUCUCCCUCCCUUCCCCUUCGAGGAUCCAGCGCUGCGCGCCGAUCCCUCCAAACCCCACCUUCUCACGGGUAACGUGAAGCAGACCGAGAUCACACCUCGCAUGGGCACCAUCCUUGACGGCAUCGACCUCUCCAAGCUCGACAAUACCGGCAAGGACGAACUUGCCCUCCUCGUCUCCGAGCGCAAGAUCGUCGUAUUGCCCGCUCAGGACGCUUUCCUAGACAUCGGCCCGGGCGCUCAACAACAAUUCAUGAAUUACUUCGGCAAGCCGAACUACCAGCCCGUUUCCGGCUCCUUGAAAGGUCAUCCUGGCUUUCACAUCAUUCAUCGUGAUGGGAACAAGGACGAGCUCGACAGGUUCUUCAUGCAGAAGACGACAUCUUGUUUGUGGCAUCAGGACGUAAGCUAUGAGAGGCAGCCGCCUGGGUAUGUUAUGCUUGGGCUCUUGCAGGGACCCAAGGUCGGGGGCGAUACCGUCUUUGCAGCUACUGACGAAGCCUACAAACGCCUCUCCCCUACCUUCCGGUCUAUGCUAGACAAAGUCAAAGCCAUCCACUCCUCCAACAACAUGAUCGCCCACACUCGCGCUGUCGGCGGUCUCGUCCGCAAGGACCCUGUCACAUCCGUCCACCCUCUCAUUCGCAUUCACCCCGUCACGAAGUCGGAAUGCCUCUUUAUCAACAACGAGUUCAUCACCGGUUUCGAGGGUAUGAAGGACGCGGAGUUUCGCGUGUUAUCCGACUUUCUCUGGCAGCAUAUUGUUACGGGACAUGACUUUCAGGCGAGGGUCCAUUGGCAGCCAAAGACUGUGGUCAUCUUCGAUAAUCGUAGUACUUUGCAUACGGCCGUCGUGGACUACGUUGGAGAGGGUGGGGCGGAGCCUCGUCACAUCUUCCGUUUGGCAGCGAUGGCUGAAGUCCCUAUUCCUGUCCAGCAAUAA